UGACGAAGACGGCUUCGCUAGCCAGCUAGUUGUUAUGUCUGUUAUGAUGUGUAGUUCGAGUGCCUUGCCGACGGUUUCAUUCGACUUUAAAAUCAUUCCAAACCAAAUAUCUGAACGAAAAUGUAUCGGGAAUCGGAACAAAAUGUGAACCGCGACGACGUGUAUCUGUGAACUACACCGCGUGACUAAAACUAAGGGAAAUACUACGAGAGUUUUCUUGGUUAGGUAACAGUUAGCUGGCGCUAAGUUCUCGUUUACGCAAACCUCUGCCAUUUGGUUGGAAGGGUAUCGUUAUCUGGUCUUAUAUAAAUCUGAUACCUAUUGCAAACUCGGUAUCGUUUAAACAUAGCUGUUUAUUAUCUUCGUGAGAAGAUGGCAUUAUUUAACGUGGGAUGAAAACGGAAUACAUCUAUCAAACCAAGAACGACUUAAACCGGUGAAAGCGAGCUCCGUGUGUUGCGAAACAAGGUUCCAACUCGGUUAUGUUUAUGUUAAGCUUUUCAAAACGCCUGUUUACGCUCACCGGUAAAUGUGAUAUAUUAGGCAUGCGUCGCUGCUAGGUGUUUUUCUUUUACCUGGGCUUCCUGUUUGGAAAUGUUUGCUUCGGAGUGGUUGAAUUCGUCAGGAUAACGUUAACGUUUCACAACAACAACGCUAGCGUUACCUGAUGACUUAUUGGUGGAGCAUCAUAGUUACGGAAGCGAUUACCGGCGAUAUUGGUUAUGAAACAUGUCUGGGAUAUUAAUCACCAGACAACACCAAGCGUAAGUAGGGCUUCGAUAGUUAUGGGCUGCUCUACUUAUUUACAGCACUUUGGCCAGGCUGACUUUUGUAAUGUGAAAGGGCAGGGCCUACUGUUGCAGGGGUUCGUUUUAUAAUUUUACUGGGACAGCUAGGGGAGGCGCUCUCCGUGUUAGCACGAAAGCUUGUGUAACUGCUAGCCAGCUAGCUAUAAUUUAACCCACAUUGUGGCUGGCAAUUAUACAACGAUGGACGCGGGCAUACAGAACCACACGGAACACUUCGUUCACGACAUAUCGAACCCUAACGCACAGGGUUUAUGUCCUGAAAUGCUUGAGGUUGCCGAAGAAGCUUGUCGGGCAGGGAACUUCGACCUUGCCGUGGAGAUCUACAGCUCGCAACUUGCCGACCUACACCAACCGGACAGGGGGAUCUGUUUGCGCAAAGCGGACGCCUUGGCCAGAGCUGGUCGGAUUGGAGAUGCGCUAGAUUCCUACCGUGUAGCUGCAAACAUUCAGAGGCUGCUACCUGCGGAACUUGGCCUUUUGGUGGAAAGCAUAGCUCGGACUAUACGGGGAAAGGAGUUGGGAGACCGCAAAACGGAAAGCAGCACCAAGCCAAGGCAACCGGUGGACACACUCGAUUCAAAAACAAGCGUCAGGCUGAGCGUUGCUUCAACUAGUGCGGGCAGAGAUGGACUGGAAGAAGACGAAUGCUUGGACUUAUUUACGUGCAAACUCUGUAAGUGUCUGUUGUCAGAACCCACCACUUUAGAAUGUGGUCAUACCUAUUGCAAACGGUGCAUAGAAGACAAUGGUGUGAAGGAAUGCAGUAGUUGUCAUUCCAAGAUCAACAGAUCAUUGGAGGAAAAUCGUUUUCAUGGCUUCAGAGUGAACGUCGUUCUCAGCUGUUUGUUGGAUAAAUGGUUCGAAUCGGAAAGUAAAUCGAGACGACUUUGGCUGGAAGCGGAUGGAAUGUGGAAAAAGGACGACCUCGCAGAAGCGUUGGAUAAGUUCAACAAAGCUGUGGAAAUAGCGCCCUCUAUAUGCAGGCUGCUGGCACGGCGGGCAGAGUUGCACAUGGAGAUGAGGAAUUUCGGACAGGCCAUCCAGGAUGCCGAAAGCGUGUGUCGACUCAAACCACAGUGCCCCAAGGCCCACUACACUAAGGCGAAGGCCCUGAGUGGCGCUGGAAGGGCGGAGGAGGCUCUUCAACAAUACUUCUACUGUGUGGCUCUCAAGCCAGACUGGAGCGUUGUCAAGCUAGAAGCCCAGAAGAUGAGGAAUAUACCUCUCUCGCCCCCUCUCUCCCUCCCCCCGACCCCUAUCCAGGUCCUGAGUGCACUCUUCUCUUCAGUGUUUGAGGAGGACGGUCUCUCGGCCCCGUUGCCUUCCAGGCAGUCGGACCCCUCAUGUCGCCUGAAGGCCUCUGCCCUCUUCAACUCACUUCCUCCCUCCUACAGCACCGCAACGGGCUGCUCCAAGGAUUCCCCUGACGCGAGUCACUCAAAGGGCAGCGAUGGGGGCGCUAGCGCUGCUAGCAGUGCAGCUGGCGCGUCAGGCUCCUCCUCCACGGCCCUCAGCCCGCCUGCCGGACUCCUGGAGAACAGCAAGAGCCUGACGGCAGUGCUGUCGGCCCUGCCCACCCCCUCCAGCCUCAAGAGGAAAGGCUCCGGGGAGCUGAGCCACAUGCCCCCCAGCAAGCUGCUUAGGCCAGAUGGUCUCAGCUCCUCCAUGUCUGCUGUCCUGUCCACGGGCCUGAGGGAGGUGCAUAAGGAGCUGCUGGACAGUGGAGAUUUCGAGUGCUCUCUGUGUAUGAGGUUGUUCUAUGAGCCCGUUACCACCCCCUGUGGUCACACCUUCUGCCUCAAAUGUCUGGAGCGCUGCAUGGAUCACAACCCCAACUGCCCGCUCUGCAAGGAGAACCUCUCCGAGUACCUGGCCAGCAGGGGGUACAAGAAGACCUUCCUGAUGGAGGAGGUGCUUCUGCGUUACCUGGGAGACGAGCUGACAGAGAGGAAGAAGAUCCAAGAGGAGGAGAUGAAGGAGAUCUCCAACCUGAAUCAGGAGGUUCCCAUCUUCAUCUGCACCAUGGCGUUCCCCACCAUCCCGUGCCCGCUGCACGUCUUCGAGCCGCGCUACCGCCUCAUGAUCCGCCGCUCCAUGGAGAGUGGCACCAAGCAGUUUGGCAUGUGCAUCGCCGACGAUGUCAAAGGGUUUGCGGACUACGGCUGCAUGCUUGAGGUGAAGGACGUGAAGUUCUUCCCGGACGGCCGCUCGGUGGUCGACACGGUGGGGGUGUCUCGCUUCAAAGUGCUCAGUCACGGCCAGAGGGACGGCUACCACACCGCCAAGAUCGAGUACCUCCAGGACAAGAAGGUGGAGGGCGAGGAGCUGGCGGAGCUGCUGAAGCUGCAUGACUCUGUGUACGACCAGGCCAACGCCUGGUUCACCUCCCUCAAAGACAACAUGAAGAGCCAAAUCCUCAGCCACUUUGGACACCUGCCCGUCAAGGACCCUGAGCCACAGGCGGACUCUAGUGGGCCCGCGUGGUGCUGGUGGCUGCUGGCGGUGCUCCCCCUGGAGAACCGGGCCCAGCUCACCAUCCUGGCCAUGACCUCCCUGAAGGACCGCCUCAUCGCCAUCCGCAGGGUGCUCAUCUUCGUCACGCGCAAGCGCGCGCGAUAGCCUCAAGCCCAGCCGGGGCUCAACCUGACCUGAACAUCGUCCAAUUCCAUCACGACUCUGCUGACUUUCUGACUUUCUUAGCCUGGACUGGCCUGGGUCAACCUGACCUGACCUGAGCUGACCAUCAUCCACUCCCAUCCAUGCAUCUGAUCUGUCAGUCAGUCCGUCCGCCUGCCUGCCUGCCUUCUUCCCCCUUACUUUCCUCUCUCUUAUCUCUCUUUCUCUCUCUCGCUCUCGCUCUCCCUCUCCCUCUCUCUAACCCAGAAGAAGCAGAGGCAGGAUGCAGUAGUGCGUGCCUCGUAGCAGAGUAUGUGGUGGAUCUCUCCACUGCCGCAGGCCUACCUUUUCCUCCAUGGUCGGUUGCGUUUCUGCAGUUGGUUGCUCAUUUCCUUUUAGACCAAAUGAGGGCUCCAUACAGACAUGGACCCGCAGACAAGUAAGGAAAGCUGGGGGUACGGCUGUGCGAGUCAACUUUUUUCAGUGGCCUACCACCCUACCUUGUACCUUCCCACACACUCACGCUCACACACAUCCCUGACCAUCUCCGACAACUACUACUACUACUACUACUAGUUUCACCCGUGUCUCAAUAGUGUUUGAUUUUCUCCUCGUUCUCUGAGAUGUCUCUGGUAGCGCACACCCACCCACCCACACACAUUGACUUACCACUUUUGUAGCAGCUUAAGUGAACUUUCUCACACAAACACAC